UUGGGUUUUGUGAAGUUUUGUUCCUCCCACCUUUGUUCCUCAAAUAAAGUUGAGAGUGAUUACUGAAUGCGCUCAAUAGAAGCAGCAGCAGCAGCUCACCUUCACUGAUCUGCGGUGCUCCUAAACUACCUCUGCGACAAUGGGGAAGAUUGAAUGGGCGAUGUGGGCAAAUGAACAAGCCCUGGCGUCUGGACUCAUUUAUCUGACCGGUGGCAUUGUAGGGGUGGCUGGACAGCUGAAAGGCUGGGAAUUCGCCGCUUUUGGGAUAGCUGCAGGUGUGUUUGUGUGUUUGCUUGAGUACCCAAGGAGCAAGAGAGCCAAAGGCACAAGUGUUGAGAGAACCGGUCAGUACUGCUUCACUGUAUGUGUAAAGGCAUUUGGGCCCCUGACUAGGAAUUACUAUGUUCGAGCGUUCCUGCAUGCUGCGCUGUGUGUCCCAGGGGGUUUUAUGCUCGCCACAGUUUUAGGCUGUGUUUGUCUUGGAAUGGCCAGCCUCAUCUACCUGUCAGCAGCCAUUCAUGGGGAGCACUGGGAGCCGAUUCUGCCCAAGAAGGAGCCCAUAAAACACGCCACACAGAGCAUCAAGCAUCCUCCUCAGAACCCCCCACCACGUCCACCCCCAGAACUGCGCAGAAAGAGAACAGACGACCUUGAGUCUGCAGCCUACACUAACCCCAUACCUGUGACUGCCAACGAAUGCUGAUCUGCUAAUCCUGACAACUACUGUACAAAGGCGAUCAUAGCAUAUAAGGAUACUUGCAGGAUUGCUCUGUUUACUCUGUUAAAGGAAUACUUCAGUGUUUUUUUAGCCUUGUCUGUAUCUGCUGCAUCUGUGUUGUAUGGUUGAUUUCCACAGAAAAUGGUUUUGAGAUGUUUUCCUGUACCUAGAGAAGAAAACGUUGCUUUAGCACCUGCCCUUUGGCUUCUAUCAUUAGUGUAUCAGUGUUUCCUUGUACUGAGUAAAAGAGCAGUUUUCCUGUUCUUUUACUAAGUACAAGGAAACACGUCUAUGAAAACCAGCUAUAUGAUAUGCAUGUAGAAGAUGGAGAUGAGUUUGAAUAACACUGCUGAGUUUCUUUAAAGUGAUUGGGAUUGAGAUGGAAAAGUUUGCUCUGAAUUGUAACAUUUUUAUGUUUCUGUAUAUAUUGUAAUGAUGUUUGUAAAAUGUUCUGUAAUAGUAGUUGGUCACGCAUUGCCUGGUUCUUCUGAGCAUUCUUCUUCUUUCUUUGCACUCGGUAGGACAUGCAUGUUAUUUACCAAGUAUGACUGUCCACCCAUGAAUCUGUGAGUCACUGGAAAACUGGUUUAGACUGAGGAAAUGAAGGCAGAAACCCAAUUUCAUAGAUUUUCGAUUAUUUGCCAGUUGCUUAUCCAUAUGUAUUAUGUAUGUGUAUUUACUCUGUCAGUUUGUAUAAACAAAAGCAUUUUAGUUGCACUUAACUCUGAUUGUGUGUAGUAUCUACCCAGUUACAGAGAACAAACUGUCUAUAUAUGCUGAAUAUAGGACAACAAAUGUUUAGACUAAGCAUAAAUCUGGCAAUACAGCUUCAAUUUGUGAAUGUUCUAACAGUGUCAGUGGAUAAACUUAUUGUAAACAGUUACUGUUGUCUUUGAUAAUGAUUAUUUACCUCAUGGUGUGUAUGUUCAUGCUUUUAUACUAUACUAAUAAACUCAGGAAAUGAUA